AUGCUCCAGCGACAGGAGGAGGAGGUUCAAAGGAUCCAGGCUUACCUGGAUAACAGGCUGUCCCAAGCCUCCCUCUACCCAGGGGAUGACCGCCGUACCUCAGGCCUCUAUCCCGGAGAUGAGCCCCUGGCCCUGGCACACAACUCCAUGCUGGACCUCCGAGACCCUCUUAAUGCCACACUACCACACCACUGCAACCCUAGGGUAUGUACUACUCACGCCAGCUACCACACACACUACCACACCAACGCAGACCUAAGGUAGAUUGUGCUAACAUAUCCACUCCUACACUCACUACCACACCGCAAAUCUACUGUAGCCUCCCUACCUCUCAGGUUUAGAGCUAGAUCAAAGCUGUAUCUUUGAAUUGUGUCUUUGUGAAACACAGCUGCUGAUUCAGAUAGAACAUAUAGGCCUAAUAUUACAGCACAACAUAGUACAGUAUGUGUGUGUAAUUCAACCUCUUCUUACUCUGUACACUGUUUUUCUUCCCCACUGCAGAAUUUCUUUGGUCCUGAAUUUGUGAAGAUGACGAAUGAGCCAUGUGUUCCCUUAACUGUUCCUUCUUCAAUAAUGGUGAGACUCAUUACAUCAAUGUGUUUCACACAGGCUAGUGGAGCAGGCUGAUUAGAGACAGUGGUUGAUGGAGUGAGGGUUAUGACAGUGGAAUGGAAUGGAAUGGAAAAGGUCCUUCCUCUCCUCUUCAGAUCUGGGUUCAAACCGUAUUUGCUUUCGUUUGAAUCAUUUACAGUGGGGAGAAGAAGUAUUUGAUACACUGCCGAUUUUGCAGGUUUUCCUACUUACAAAGCAUGUAGUGGUCUGUCAUUUUUAUCAUAGGUACACUUCAACUGUGAGAGACGGAAUCUAAAACAAAAAUCCAGAAAAUCACAUUGUAUGAUUUUUAAGUAAUAAUUUGAAUUUUAUUGCAUAACAUAAGUAUUUGAUACAUCAGAAAAGCAGAACUUAAUAUUUGGUACAGAAACCUUUGUUUGCAAUUACAGAGAUCACACGUUUCCUGUAGGUCUUGACCAGGUUUGCACACACUGCAGCAGGGAUUUUGGCCCACUCCUCCAUACAGACCUUCUCCAGAUCCUUCAGGUUUCGGGGCUGUCACUGGGCAAUACGGACUUUCAGCUCCCUCCAAAGAUUUUCUAUUGGGUUCAGGUCUGGAGACUGGCUAGGCCACUCCAGGACCUUGAUAUGCUUCUUACGGAGCCACUCCUUAGUUGCCCUGGCUGUGUGUUUUGGGUCGUUGUCAUGCUGGAAGACCCAGCCACGACCCAUCUUACUGAGGGAAGGAGGUUGUUGGCCAAGAUCUCGCGAUACAUGGCCCCAUCCCCUCAAUACGGUGCAGUCAUCCUGUCCCCUUUGCAGAAAAGCAUCCCCAAAGAAUGAUGUUUCCACCUCCAUGCUUCACGGUUGGGAUGGUGUUCUUGGGGUUGUACUCAUCCUUCUUCUUCCUCCAAACACGGCGAGUGGAGUUUAGACCAAAAAAAACUUUAUUUUUGUCUCAUCAGACCACAUGACCUUCUCCCAUUCCUCCUCUGGAUCAUCCAGAUGGUCAUUGGCAAACUUCAGAUGGGCCUGGACAUGCGCUGGCUUGAGUAGGGGGACCUUGCGUGCGCUGCUGGAUUUUAAUCCAUGACGGCGUAGUGUGUUACUAAUGGUUUUCUUUGAGACUGUGGUCCCAGCUCUCUUCAGGUCAUUGACCAGGUCCUGCCUUGUAGUUCUGGGCUGAUACCUCACCUUCCACAUGAUCAUUAAUGCCCCACGAGGUGAGAUCAUGCAUGGAGCCCCAGACCAAGGGUGAUUGACCGUCAUCUUGAACUUCUUCCAUUUUCUAAUAAUUGCACCAACAGUUGUUGCCUUCUCUCCAAGCUGCUUGCUUAUUGUCCUGUAGCCCAUCCCAGCCUUGUGCAGGUCUACAAUUUUAUCCCUGAUGUCCUUACACAGCUCUCUGGUCUUGGCCAUUGUGGAGAGGUUGGAGUCUGUUUGAUUGAGUGUGUGGACAGGUGUCUUUUAUACAGGUAAUGAGUUCAAACAGGUGCAGUUAAUACAGGUAAUGAGUGGAGAACAGGAGGGCUUCUUAAAGAAAAACUAUCAGGUCUGUGAGAGCCGGAAUUCUUACUGGUUGGUAAGUGAUCAAAUACUUAUGUCAUGCAAUAAAAUGCAAAUUAAUUACUUAUAAAUCAUACAAUGUGAUUUUCUGGAUUUUUGUUUUAGAUUCCGUCUCUCACAGUUGAAGUGUACCUAUGAUAAAAAUUACAGACCUCUACAUGCUUUGUAAGUAGGAAAACCUGCAAAAUUGGCAGUGUAUCAAAUACUUGUUCUCCCCACUGUAACUGUUCUUGAUUGAGCCUACCUGGCCACAGUGGAACCAAUGAAAUAGUUCCAAAAGUGCAAACCCUAACCCUGCCCACCUGGCAACUCCAAGCAUGCUCAAUCAAACUCUUUCGUAUAUAUAUAUAUAUACACACACACACACACACACACACACACACACACACACACACGGUCCACAGUUUUAGAUCACCUACUCAUUCAAGGGUUUUUCUUUUUACUAUUUUCUACAUUGUAGAUUAAUAGUGAAGACAUCAAAAUUAUUCAAUAAAACAUAUGGAAUUAUGUAGUAACCAAAAAAGUGUUAAACAAAUCAAAAUAUAUUUUAUAUUUGAGAUUCUUCAAAUAGCCACCCUUUGCCUUGAUGACAGCUUUGCACACUCUUGGCAUUCUCUCAACGAGCUUCAUGAGGUAGUCACCUGGAAUGCAUUUUAACUAACAGGUGUGCUUUCUUAAAAGUUAAUUUGUGGAAUUUCUUUCCCUCUUAAUGCGUUUGAGCCAAUCAGUUGUGUUGUGACAAGGUAGGGGUGGUAUACAGAAGAUAGCCCUAUUUGGUAAAAUACCAAGUCCAUAUUAUGGCAAGAACAGCUCAAAUAAGCAAAAAGAAAUGACAGUCCAUCAUUACUUUAAGACAUGAAGGUCAGUCAAAACGGAAAAUGUCAAGAACUUUGAAAGUUUCUUCAAGUGCAGUUGCAAAAACCAUCAAGCGCUAUGAUGAAACUGGCUCUCAUGCUCUCAAAGGAAGACCCAGAGUUUCCUCUGCUGCAGAGGAUAAAUUUAUUAGAGUUACCAGCCUCAGAAAUUGCAGCCCAAAUAAAUGCUUCAUAGAGUUCAAGUAACAGAUACAUCUCAACAUCAACUGUUCAGAGGAGAUUGUGUGAAUCAGGCCUUCAUGGUCGAAUUAAUGCAAAGAAACCACUACUAAAGGACACCAAUAAGAAGAAGAGACUUGCUUGGGCCAAGAAACAUGAGCAAUGGACAUUAAACCGGUGGAAAUGUGUCCUUUGGUCUGGAGUCCAAAUUGGAGAUUUUUGGUUCCAACCACCGUGGCUUUGUGAGAUGCGGUGUGGGUGAAUGGAUGAUCUCCGCAUGUGUAUUUCCCACCAUAAAGCAUGGAGGAGGACUACCUUGUUAUGGUGUUGAGGUGCUUUGCUGGUGACACUGUCUGUCAUUUAAUUCGAAUUCAAGGCACACUUAACCAGCAUGGCUACCACAGCAUUCUGCAGCGAUACGCCAUCCCAUCUGGUUUGGGCUUAGUGGGAAUAUAAUUUGUUUUUCAAUAGGACAAUGACUCAACACACACCUCCAGGCUGUGUAAGGGCAAUCUGACUAAGGAGAGUGAUGGAGUGCUGCAUCAGAUGACCUGGCCUCCACAAUCCCCCCGACCUCAACCCAAUUGAGAUGGUUUGGGAUGAGGCGGACCUCAGAGUGAAGGAAAAGCUGCCAACAAGUGCUCAGCAUAUGUGGGAACUCCUUCAAGACUGUUGGAAAAGCAUUCCAGGUGAAGCUGGUUGAGAGAAUGCCAAGAGUGUGCAAAGCUGUCAUCAAGGCAAAGGGUCGACUAUAUGAAGAAUUUCAAACAUAAAAUAUAUUUUGAUUUGUUUAACACUUUUUUGGUUACUACAUGAUUUCAUAUGUGUUAUUUCAUAGUUUUGAUGUCUUCACUAUUAUUCUACAAUGUAGAAAAAUAGUAAAAAUAAAGAAAAACCCUGGCAUGAGUAGGUGUGUCCAAACUUUUGAUUGGUACUAUAUAUAUAUAUAUAUAUACCCAGAUCUGGAGCAGAGAGAUCCCAGGUCUGGUGGUCAAUAUAAUGGAACUGACCUCUCCCUUCUUGUUUCUCUACCCCAGAACAAGCAUUGGAAGCUGGAGGAGGUCCAGAGGAAGGUGGGGGUGGUUCUGCUGAAUGGCCAGAAGCUGGAGCUGAGCUGUGACAUCAAGGCUGUGUGUAAGGACGUACUGGACAUGGUGGUGGCUCAUGUUGGACUAGUGGAGCACCAUCUCUUCGGCCUGGCCUGCCUCAAAGGUAUGGUAUGGGUGAAUAAACUUCAUCCUGUGUGUGUGCGCGUGUGUGUCUGUCUCUGUCUGCACUCUUCUGCCCUCCUACUGACCCAUAUAAACCAAAACUUGUUGAUUUCCUACUUUUUAUUUCCCCUGCUAUCUAAUUGUCAGGCUGCUUCUGACGUUCUGUAAGUUUAUAUGUUGUUAUUUUCAGUGUGACUGUGUACGUGUGCAAAGAGACACAUGGCAGCUCAUGCUGAUUUGUUCCUAUGUUAUCUCUCACUCUCCCCCACCUCCCCCUCUACCUCCUCCCUGAUUUCUCUCUCACCUUGCCUCCAUCUGUGUGUUCCUACAGAUAUUGAGUUUUUCUUCAUUGAUCCUGAUGCCAAGCUGUCCAAAGUGGCUCCCGAGGGGUGGAAGGACAAACCCAAGAAGAAGAAACCACACAUCCAGUUCAAUCUGUUCCUACGCAUUAAGUUCUUCCUGGAUGAUGUCCACUUCAUACAGUAAGACAGUGGAAUCAUCUGCCAUUCCCUGUCAGAGUCUAGCUUGGGCCCGUAUUCAUAAAAUGUCUCAGAGAAGGAAUGCUGAUCUAGGAUCAGUUUUGCCUUUAAGAUCAUAAUGAAUAUGUUUAUAUGGAUGCGUUCCAGUUUAUAUCCUAGAUCUGCACUCCUACUCUGAGAUACUUUAUGAAUAUGGGCCCUGGUCCCAUAUCUUUGUGCCAAGCAUGACGACAACAACAACAACCAAUAGGACUACACAACACAAACAGAUCUGGGACCAGGCUAGUCAGAGCCUUUUGAUUAAGUGAAACUUGCCCUCAGUUAGACAACAGUCGCCUACUUCAGAAUAAAGUGUAAAUACUAUGUUCCACUCCAGGCACACCAUGACGAAACACCAGUACUACUUGCAGCUGAGCAAGGAUAUCUUGGAGGAGAGGAUGCGCUGUGACAUGGAGAAUGCCAUGCUCCUGGCAUCCCUCGCAUUGCAGGCAGAGUUCGGUGACUACAAAGCAGAGGUAUCCCUUCUCUUCAGUAUUAAUACAAAAUAAAUGCAAUUACUAUAUUAGUACUACAAUUGUAUGGUUUCCCUGACCAAUAUUAAGCCUAUUUCUGGACAUAAAAUCACUUUCAAUUGAGACUCUCCAUUGGAACGUACCCUUUAGUCCAGGAGUAGGCUUAAUCUGGGUCUGGGAAACCAACUCUAUAGUCUAUGUUAAUAGCUAAAAUAAUGCCAUCUCUCCUCAUCUGUUUUAGCUCCAUGGAAAUAUGUACUUCAGGCUUGAACAUGACCUGUCUGCCUCUGUACUGGAUAAGAUUGACCAGAGCUCCAUCAAGGAAGAACUGCCCAAACUACACAGCACAUACUACGGUGCCACCGAGGCAGAAACAGAGUUUGAGUUCCUCAAGGUAAGGGCCUAGACAGGAUGCGAUGCUGUCAUCCAUUGCUUUCAUAAUCACAUUGUCACAAACAGAUCUGGGAUCAGAAUAGGGAUGCACUGCCUCAUAACUCAUCACUACUACUCACAACAUAAGGGCCAAGAUGGCUAGAUGACUGAUACACUUUAUCUAAUUACAGAUGCUAUGACGCUGUAAUUUGUAUUUGUAUUUAUUAAGGAUCCCCUGGGGUCAAGCAAUAUUAAGGCUGUUAUAUACAGUACAAUUUAAAAUAUUACAUGACAUUACAUUUCAUAACACUUUUCACAACACAUUAAGUGUGUUCCCUCAGGCCACUACUCUAGUACCACAUAUCUACAAUACAAAAUCCAUGUGUACGUGUGUGUAGAGUGCGUGUCUUAUCAUGUGUAUGUGUAAGCGUGUGGCUGUGCCUGUGUGUGUGUGUCUUCACAGUCCCCAAUGUUCCAUAAGGUGUAUUUUUAUCAGUUUAAAAAAAAAUCUCAUUCUACUGCUUGCAUCAGUUACCUGAUGUGGAAUAGAGUUCCAUGUAGCCAUGGCUCUAUGUAGUACUGUGUGCCUCCCAUAGCCUGUUCUGGACUUGGAGAUUGUGAAGAGACCUCUGGUGGUAAGUCUUGUGCGGUAUGCAUAGGUGUUCGAGCUGUGUGCUAGUAGUUUAAACAGACAGCUCGGUGCAUUCAACAUGUCAAUACUUCUUACACAAACAAGUAGUGAUGAAGUCAAUCUCUCCUCCACUUUGGGCCAUGAGAGAUUGGCAUGACAUGCAUAUUAUGAAUGUUAGCUAUACGUGUACAUUUAAGGGCCAGCUGUGCUGCCCUGUUCUGAGCCAAUUGUAAUUUUCCUAAGUCUCUCUUUGUGGCACCUGACCACACGACUGGACAGUAGUCUAGGUGUGACAAAAUUAGGGCCUGUAGGACCUGCCUUGUUGAUAGUGUUGUUAAGAAGGUAGAGCAGCACUUUAUUAUGGACAUACCUCUCCCCAUCUUAGCUACUGUUGCAUCAACAUGUUCCGACCAUGACAACUUGACCUCAACUUGUUCAAUUUCCACAUUAUUCAUUACAAAAUUUAGUUGAGGUUUAGGGUUUAGGGAAUGAUUUGUCCCAAAUACAAUGCUUUUAGUUUUAGAAAUAUUUAGGACUAUCUUACAGUACCAGUCAAAACAUUUUAGUCAUUUAGCAGACGCUUACAGGAGCAAUUAGGGUUAAGUGCCUUGCAUAAGGGCACAUCGACAGAUUUUUCAUCUAGUCGGCUCUGGGAUUAGAACCAGCGACCUUUCAGUUACUGGCACAACACUCUUACCCACUAAGCUACCUGCCGCCCCAAAAUGUUGGACACACCUACUCAUUCAAGGGUUUUUCUUUAUUUGUACUAUUUUUUUUACAUCGUAGAAUAAUAGUGAAGUUAUCAAAAGUAUGAACUAACACAAAUGGAAAUAUAUAGGAACCAAAGAAGUGUUAAACAAAUCAAAAUAUAUUUUAUAUUUGAGAUUCUUCAAAUAGCCACCCUUUGCCUUGAUGACAGCUUUGCACACUCUUGGCAUUCUCUCAACCAGCUUCACCUGGAAUGCUUUUCCAAAAGUUUUGAAGGAGUUCCCACAUAUCGGUCGGGGGAUUGUGGAGGCCAGGUCAUCUGAUGCAACACUCCAUUACUCUCCUUCUUAGUAAAAUAGCCCUUACACAGCCUGAAGGUGUGUUGGGUCAUUGUCCUGUUGAAAAACAAAUGAUAGUCCCACUAAGCCCAAACCAGAUUGGAUGGCAUACGCUGCAGAAUGCUGUGGUAGCCGUGCUGGUUAAGUUUGCCUUGAAUUCUAAAUAAAUCACAGACUGUGCCACCAGCAAAGCACCCCCACACCAUAACACCUCCUCCUCCAUGCUUUACGGUGGGAACUACACAUGCAGAGAUCAUCCGUUCACCCACAACGCGUCUCACAUAGACAUGGCGGUUUGAACCAAAAAUCUCAAAUUUGGACUCCAGACCAAAGGACACAUUUCCACCGGUCUAAUGUCCAUUGCUGGUGUUUAUUGGCCCAAGCAAGUCUCUUCUUCUUAUUGCUGUCCUUUAGUGGUGUCUGUUACUUGAACUCUGUGAAGCAUUUAUUUGGGCUGCAAUUUCUGAGGCUGGUAACUCUGGGUCUUCCUUUCCUGUGGCGCUCCUCAUGAGAACCAGUUUCAUCAUAGCGCUUGAUGGUUUUUGACACUGCACAUGAAGAAACUUUCAAAGUUCUUGACAUUUUCAGUAUUGACUGUUCUUCAUGUCUUAAAGUAAUGAUGGACUGUCAUUUCUCUUUGCUUAUUUGAGCUGUUCUUGCCAUAAUAUGGACUUGGUUUUUUACUAAAUAGGGCUAUCUUCUGAAUACCCCCUUACCUUGUCACAACACAACUGAUCAAAUGCAUUAAGAAGGAAAGAAAGUGUGCAAAGCUGUCAUCAAUGCAAAGGGUGGCUAUUUCAAGAAUCUCAAAUAUAACAUAUAUUUUGAUUUGUUUAACACUUUUUGGUUACUACAUGAUUCCAUAUGUGUUAUUUUAUAGUUUUGAUGUCUUCACUAUUAUUCUACAAUGUAAAACAUUUUAAAAAUAAAGAAAAGCCCUUGAAUGAGUAGGUGUCCAAACUUUUGACUGGUAGUGUAUUUCUUGCCACUAAUUCUGAAACUGACUGUAGCUCUUUGUUAAGCGUUGCAGUGAUUUCACUCACUAUAGUAGCUGACGUGUAUAGUGUUGAGUUAUCCGCAUACAUAGACACACAGGCUUUACUCAGAGCCAGUGGCAGGUCAUUGGUACGAUUGUUUAUUCUCUGAAGGUGAGCCAGAGGCUGACAGAGUACGGAGUUCACUUCCACCGCGUCCUCCCUGAGAAGUGGUCCCAGACAGGCAUCAUGCUAGGGGUGUACUCCAAGGGUGUGCUCAUCUUUGAGGUCCUGAAUGGAAACAGAACCCCUGUAUUAAGGUUCCCCUGGAGAGAAACCAAGAAGAUCUCCUUCACU